AAGCAAUUUAGGAUCAGGGUCCAGCCUCGAUCUCCCUCCCGGCGCGGCUAAGCCAACGGUUCAAUUGCCCCGAUGCACAUUGCACCGGCCCUCGUCUUUUCUUUUAUCGCUGCCAUUCCCUCGACGUUCCCGUAUUUACGCUCGUCCCUGACGCCCCCAGCUCUACCGUAUGUCGUCAAAGCGAGGUAGGAAGAGGAACGACAACCUCCCCCCCAACCGUGCCCGGGAUGUGCAGAGAGCGUUCAGAGCGAGGAGGGCGGCCCACUUGCAGGCCAUGGAGAAACGGCUCGAGGAAGUGGAGGAGGAGAACACCCGACUGCGGGCAGCGCUGAACCUGCCUCCGGCGAACCGUCCCCCGCUCGGGAAAGGCCCCACGGGCAAAGACAAGCCAAAGAUCUUUUCCUCAGCCGGGGCCUCGACGUCCGCCGGAUUGGCGUCGCCCCUCGCCUCCAACAGUGGCGCGACGUCGUCCGCCGAGUCGUCGCGAACGAGCUCGCUUUCCCCGUCGGCCAUGGCCGCCCAAAUCGCAUCCCCCACGACCAUUCAGGCGAUGGAUAACGCUGCAUGGGACCAGGCUUUCUUACGGGACAGCCGGCCUGACGGCCACGCUUCCCCUGCACCCGCUCCCUAUCGCCUGUCCGCCGUCACGCCAUCAAUGUCCCAGAAAUCCCCGUCGCAAUACUCCAUGUCUACCAACCCGCUGCCAUCGACCUCGCGGCAGUCUGUUGGAAACAUCUACAUUCCGACGGAGCCGCCCAAUUACGCCCAUACCGCUGAUCGCCCACCGCCUCCGAGUGGCGCUUAUGAUAGCGGGUCGAACUUCCUAUUGCGCGACGUCCGGGAGGACAGUCAGCAAUAUUCGUACUCGCAGCCCGGAUUUUCCCCCACUUCCAAUCUAGGGUCGCUCCAUCACCAGCCCCAAAUGUCCGACAGUCCGUCCCUCUCUUCACUCUCAGGGUAUCAGCAGCGCGAGCCGGGGUCGGCGCUGUCGAACCUGCCCUAUUCACAUAGACGUUCAAUAACGGAGCCACUGGGCGGCUUCCGAGGGAACGUAGGGCAAUACACGGCUCUGCCCCCGACUACCAUGCCCCAGCAGCAGGGGGGAGUGCGUCUCUCGCCUCCCACUCGACUGCUCGACGUCCCCCGUGCAGGACACAACCCCGGACUGGCGCGCAUCAACCAGCUGCCGUAGCUGGUCUGGUCUGAUCGCGCCCUCCGUGUCGCCCAACGACCAGGUGCAUGGACAUUCUGUCGUCACAUCGGACAUGGCAUAGGUGGUCUCAAUAGGUGGAAGAAAAUUCUGUAUCUCUAAUCGAUCGAUAGUGCUCUGGGUUACUUCGCAUUCACAUAGAUGUACAAGCAUUAUCCCCGUCUCUCUGCAACUACUGGAUAUACUAGUUUAUUUAUUUCGAUGUACUCUCUCUGCUGUAACGAUAGUGCCGUCCGCGAUGUCGGACGCGAG